AUGUCACGCCCACCUCGUCAUGGGAAGAGCAACGGCGGGGCGGAAAGAGCAGCGGCGGCCGCCAUUCCCCUUCAUAGACAUGUGGUGCUGGCGCUGGAUGCCCAUGGAGCCUUGAUCUCCCACUACUCCACAAGCAACCUGCCACGAAGGAGCAAGGACGAUGUUGCGCAAGUAGUAGCGGUGACGGCCGAUUGCAUUCCAUCCUUGAGUAAGUCGAAAAUCGAGGAGCAUGAACAGAAGGUAAACGGAUACCAAGCUGAACUUGCAGCCCGCAUUAAGGCCAAAUACUUCUCUAAUAAGGCUUUUGACGGAGGAAAAAUCUUUGAAGAAGAAACUAUUGUUGAAGGUGAAACCAUCCGUUCAAGUAGGUGGCCAUGUACAAGUUCGUACGCGGACCCGGUAAAUUUUCUCCGAGAGAAGAAUAGCCAUGAGAAGAGGGAUUCUCCAUCUGUGGUAGCUGAAGCUUCACCAAAGAAUAAUGAAGGUGUUUUGGCAACAGAAAACAAUCUAACACCUGGCAAGAGAGAGGCAUCAAAGGAGACCUGA